UUAAAGAUUUAUCUCCGAAUAUAUCCGAAUAAAUCUCGUAUUAUUCCAACGAUUAUUGAUUAGCAUCGUUCUCAGUCCCUUAUCGGUUGUCUAAAUCCAAUAUGGCGGUUCUUGUACAAGAAAGUUCUUGACAAAGAAUCUAUUUUCUUGUAUAAAGCGGGCUUUUAGAUCGAAAUAUGAAUCCCCAUGGAAAUAGUUUAAAAUCCGACCAACUGUCUUCCAUAGUUAUGAGUUUUUUGAAGAAAAGAAAGUUUACAGACGGUGAAGAUUCGACUGGAAAGCAUCAAGCGCGUGGAACAAAACACAAGGUUGAAGACGUUGCUUUGAAGACUUCGGUCAAAAGCGAGUGUGGUAUUCCAAACGUCUUGUCCUUUAGUGUUAAUCACUUGGACGCAAACAACUACGACGAACAAUAUGGUAGCCUAAAAUCAUUCAUCACUGGAGCAAACCCAGCUUAUCGUCAAGAACUUGUCAAACUUCUAUUCCCUGUGUUUGCUCAUUCUUAUCUCGAUCUCAUUGCAAAGGGUUUCUUAAAUAACGCUCAAAACUUCUUCUCUAAAUACAGCAGUGACUUGAUGGCAGAUUUUAAAGAAGAUAUUCAAAAUCUACAGGCGAUUACGGAUUCCGAAAGGUUAAAAUCCAGCGAUACUGCUGCGAACUUCAGACGUAGUAAAUACUUGAUAAAGUUGAGUCACAAAGUCUUCACUUAUUUGAUGCAAUAUCUGAGAAGCAGUGAACAUCUAUUACUGCUACAACUCAUAAACAGAAAUCUUGCAAUUGAGAUAUCGCAAUCUAAGCCUGGUAAAAAUAUUGGUUCUAAUGGCAAUGAAGAAGAAAAGGAUACUGGUGUCAAUCAGAAGGUUUCCAAGGAAACUAAACAUUCAAAAACUGUGGUUGAAAAAGAUGAUGCUUCUUUAAAAGCUCUUAAAGAGAGUAUCGAUAAGAUAAGAAAUGGUCCUGCCUGCUUGCCGUCUAUUUGUUUCUAUACCUUCCAGAAUGCCUAUCAAGGUCUUAGUUCUGUAGGUAUAUGUAAUGAUGGAAGUCUGUUGUCUGGAGGUUUUGAAGACUCUUCAGUUCACCUGUGGAGUUUGAUUCCAAAAAAGCUCAUCAAACCAAAAACCAAGACCUGUGACAUUUCAAAAAUCAUGCUUGCCUCAGACACUGCUGUUGCAAACGGUGGGAAAGUUGAAACUGUUUUGGGUGAAGAUUUUCCUCUUUUAGGUCACUGUGGACCUGUUUAUGCAACAUGCUUUACUCCAGACAAUACAGCCUUGUUAUCUGCAUCAGAAGACACUACAGUACGUUUAUGGAACCUGCAUUCGUACUCUAACGCGGUCAUAUACAAGGGACACAAUUAUCCCGUCUGGUGUCUGGACACUAGUCCCCAGUCUUACUACUUCGCAAGUGGAUCACAUGACUGCACGGCAAGACUGUGGAACAUCGAGUAUAAUUAUCCUCUGCGAAUCUUUGCAGGUCAUCUACAGGAUGUAGACAGCGUCAAGUUCCAUCCAAACUGCAGCUACAUUGCUACAGGAUCUACAGACAGAACCUGUAGAUUAUGGGAUAUCCAGGCAGGCAACUGUGUGCGACUCUUCAGAGGACACAAGGGAAGUAUCCUGACCUUAGGCAUAUCACCAGAUGGCCAGUACCUCAUAUCGUCAGGCGAAGACAGGCGCAUUCGAGUAUGGGACCUUACCGCUGGCAACCUCCUUAAAGAACUACGCGGGCACACCGACUCGGUUCACAGCGUCUGUUUCAGCUCCGAUGGAACUCUUCUCGUCACGGGAGGAAUGGAUUGUCACGUGCGCGUCUGGGAUUUUCAUCAAGUUUCCAAGUGCGCAUCAAGUGCUGCGUCAGCACAAUCUAGUAGCGAACUUUUAGCUUCGUUUUCUACUAAAAAUGCAUCCGUACAUAGCGUAAGAUUUAGCUCUGGUAAUCUGGUAUUAGCUGCAGGCACUAACGCAACGUGAUGGUCUUGCUGUUUAAAUUGGAAGAGGAUAGUAUAUGAAGCCCCAUCCUUAAAUAUGACGUUACCCUUUUUGCACUUGAUGCUGAAUUAUAAGAAGCUCUUCCUUAACCUCGGGGAUUUGAAAAUAAGACAUUAAACUAAGUUAUUCAAUUAAAACGUU